GCAGAAGCACUGAGCGGAUUACUGUGAAGAGGAACAGAUCAACAAGGUAAAGCUGACCUCUGCAGACUCCUCCGGAGAGGAAAGCAUGCUGAAGGUGCAUUGAUGUGAGCGGAAUGCACAUCAUGGAUUGUUCUCAGUCUGGAAAUGCAGAUGCCACAAUGGAGACGGAUGUGAGCAUGAACACUGUGAAAGAUGGUACAGAUGUAGACAAAGAAAAGCAUGAUGAAGUCGUCCCCGUGCGUAAGGCAUCCUGGGAGCCCAGUGUGCUUUCCACCAUUGGAAAGGAGAUCCAUUAUUUCGCCGGUCAUGAGAUCAGCAUCUGGGAGUCUCUCGAUUCGUUUGGUUCUGUCAUCUGGCCAGCAGCUCUGGCUCUGUGUCGCUACCUUGAGUCCAACCAAGAGACGGUUGACCUUGUUGACAAGGCGGUGCUAGAGAUCGGCGCCGGCACGGGUCUUGUUUCCAUCGUGGCCAGUCUGUUGGGUGCUUGGGUAACAGCAACUGACCUGCCUGAAGUCCUCGGGAACUUGGGAAGCAACCUGUCCAGAAACACACGGGGCCGCUGCAGAUACACUCCGCAGGUGGCGGCGCUCUCUUGGGGUUAUGAGCUCGAUAAGACCUUCCCUCGUUCAGUCUACAAAUACGACUACAUAUUAGCAGCAGACGUGGUCUAUCACCAUGACUUUCUAGCAGAAUUACUAGUCACCAUGCGCCACUUCUGCCAGCCGGGUACAACCCUCAUAUGGGCCAACAAGACCCGCUUCGAUUCUGAUCUAGUCUUUGUGGAGAACUUCAAAAAAACUUUCAACACCAUCCUGCUGGCAGACAAUGGAGAGGUAAAGAUUUACUCUGCCACCAUGAGAGAGGAAAGAGGACUAGAGACGUCAAAAGAGACUAAAGGGGAUGCGAGGAAAGGUGUGGACGAGGAUGAAAUGGUCAACAAAAAGACAAAUGAAGAGAUGAAUGAAGGAGAGAUCAAAUGGACAGAACAAAAGUUUGUAGAACAGGUUCAAGAAUAUGAAAAGAAAGAUGUAGAUUUUACAGAAGAGCAGACUACAGGUUAUGCUGAUGCCGAAAACCAGGAGGAUGGAAACCUAAACGAUAACGAUGAUGACGACAACACAAACCUUAAAAAUGAACCUGAGGAUAGUGAAGAAGACAACGACGGCUGCAGUGAGAUGGAUUCAGCGUUUGUGGAGCAGAAAUCUGAUGGAAGCACAGGAGGAGGGUAUAUGAGAUCCUGGGCACCGACUGUUUACAGCAGACCCGGGAAGGAAGUUUAUCAUUUUUUGGGCCAGGAAAUUACAAUUCAGGAGUCCAUCGAUUCUUAUGGUGCUACUAUAUGGCCAGCGGCACUUGCACUUUGCCGAUUCUUGGAAACGCCUCAGGGUCAUCAACACAUUGAUUUACUCGACAAAUCAGUUCUUGAACUUGGAGCUGGAACCGGAUUACUUUCGACUGUCGUCACAUUAUUGGGUGCCAAACUAACAGCAACGGAUUUACCUGAGAUACUAAGUAAUCUGAGAUACAACCUUAACAGGAACACGAGAGGCCGGCGGAGACACAAGCCCAUGGUCACAGAACUCUACUGGGGUCACAAGCUGGACGAGUUCUUCCCCAGAUCCACACACCAGUAUGAUUAUGUGUUGGCGACUGAUGUGGUCUAUCACCAUGACUUCCUCGCAGAAUUACUAUUCACCAUGCGUUACUUCUGCCAGCCGGGAACUAUUCUAGUCUGGGCGAACAAGGUCCGCUAUGCUUCGGAUCUGGGCUUUAUUGACAACUUUCUUAGAUAUUUUGAAAUCACACUCCUUGAAGAGUUGGAUGAUGUGCGGAUUUACGUAGCAACCAGCAAGACACCAGAGCAGGGAGGAGACCAGGUUCAAGAGAUGAACAAGGAAGAGGACGAAAAUUAUGAUGCUGGGGAGACAAACUCUACAAACGAGACAGGAAACAAUGCAGAGGAAGUGGAACUUCUAGAGCGUGAUGAUACUCAAACGCCAGAUGAGACACAAGUAGACAAAGAACUCCAGGAUUUGGAAAGACCUGCUGAGGAAGAAGUUGUACCUGCCAACACAGAACCACCAAAGCCCAAAUCCUGGGCUCCCACCGUCUACUCCACUCUUGGCAGGGAGAUCUACUACUUUCUGGGUCAUGAAAUCAAAAUUCAAGAAGCCAUAGGCAAUUACGGCGGUGUGGUAUGGCCUGCGGCACUGGCCCUUUGCCGAUUCCUGGACACCCCAACAGGUCGACAGCAGAUUAAUCUACUUGACAAAUCAACGCUGGAGCUCGGAGCAGGAACGGGCCUCGUCUCGAUAGUUGCCACACUUCUUGGUGCUAAACUGACGUCCACGGAUCUGCCAGAUAUCCUUGGUAAUCUGAGGAGUAAUUUGAACAGGAAUACCAGGUGGCACUGGAGACACGAGCCUCAGGUUACAGCACUGCAAUGGGGCUACAAGCUGGAGGAGACGUUUCCCCGUUCCACGCAUUAUUACGAUUACAUCCUGGCAGCUGAUGUGGUCUAUCACCACAAGUGCCUCGCUGAGCUUCUUGACACCAUGCUUCACUUCUGUCAAACAGGGACAACGAUAAUCCUUGCAAACAAGAUCCGGCUUCAGUCAGACCUGGUAUUUAUUGAGAACUUUCAGAAAGCUUUUAACACCACAUUACUGACAGAGAUGGAUGAGGUGAAGAUUUACUCAGCUACCAUGAGAAUCUGAUGACGUGAACCUCAAUGCACUGCUUUGAGAAGGCUUUCUGAGCUACACUGCUGGCACAGGAAGAGGAGGUGAAACUAUGUGGCUCUGGAUCACAUUUGUUUAAAGAACCAACGCCACACUGCAGACAAUUCUAGAGAGAGUAUAGUGCACUGUGUGAUGAAAAAGUUUGAUUGAUGAGGGUCAAAAAUUCCCUGUUUCUGGACACCCCUCCCCGUCUAAGUGACCAUCUGUUUAUCCAUCCCAAUGAUCCGAAGGAAUUUAUGAUGGUUUGGGAAUGUGUUUUUGUGUGGGACAUUGAAAACUGUUCAAAACCUAUGUGCUUUAAACUUAAAAUGUGAAACGUGGUAUGAUUAUUAAACAGGAUAAGGGAAGUUUUUAUUAAAGUUUUUACACGCGCAACACAUUUCAAGAAAAAUGUUAAAACAUACAUGGAAUAGAAACAAUGUAAUGACGGGUCAAGACCUGUAUUUAAGUGUUGUUAAACAAUUAAAAAACUAGAUAGAGUUUGUUACAAGUUAAAUAAAAAGAAAAGUAGGCUAGUGACCAUCUAUCUAAAACAAAAAAGGUAUCAGAUAUGUUUUGUUAAACAGCACAUAGCAGUCAAAAUCUUGUAACAUUACAAUUUAAAAACUAUUUACAGUUUGUUUGAAAGGAAAAGACAAAAUGUUGACUUAUCUUGCCUCGAUCUAAACAAAAAAGUAUCAGAGGCAAACGUCGAGCAAAACAAUUCUUGUCAAACCUUUUGUAGUCUACCGUUAGCUACAAUUUAGGAAAGAUAGUAUCACAACAGAAGAAAAAUUAAACGAAGAUUAAACGGUGAUCUAAAAAAGAAAAUGCAUCAGACGCGGUCGUUAAAACACCAGCAUGAGAUAUUUGUCAAAAUCUACGUUGUACUCUACCAUUAGUUACAAUUUUUACAAGUUUGAGGUUUGUCACGAAGUUAAACAAAAUAAAAAGGUAUUCUUCCGUCAGGUCUACAUCCUCACCCCAACACAUCCCUAACACCAGAGGCCACAAAGAUAGAUUUAAAAGUUGGAGUUAAAAUAAUUAAACAAAGUGAUGUUUUUAAUAAAUCAACAUAAUUUCUUAAUUGGCGAAAACAUUCUAGCAGAGCCGGAUUAUCCAUAAGGGCACUUGGGCCAGUGCCCAGGGGCACCAACCAUUCACAACAACUAGGGGGGGCACCACAUGACACAAGCUUUAAAAAUAUUUUUCGUAAAUUGUUUUAUUAUAGACUUGAAAUUCUUGAAAGACCAUACAUAACUCGUUUAUGAAAACUAACUUAACAAUAAUAAUAAUAAUAAUAAAUUAUAAAUAAAUAAAGAUUACAUGGUCACUGUCAGUCCCCCCCUUCCGUCCCAAAUCUGUCAGAGUUGAGUUGGUCCACAACAAGUACGCGCAAAUGUGUAUUUUUUUAACCGCUACAGAAAAUGAAUCAAAAUGGACAGACGUCAAUUGAGUGGUUUUGCAAAAAGAGAGUUAAAGACAAGAACGCAAGGCGUUUAGCUAAAAUUCAAAAUGUUCCAGGGAUCAAAUGUUUUUUUUUAACCGAGUGAAGAAUGAGCUCAGGACGACAAUGACACAGAAGCGAUUGACUGUACUCUCCCUGUUUACCAUUGAAGUUAAAGUUAAAACAUUACAGUCUCCAGCCGCGAGAGGGCGCUCUAUGCUGCUCAUUGCUCCUGUAGUCUACACUGAAAACAUAGAGCGCCCUCUUGCGGCUGCAGACGGUAAUGUUUUCUCUUGGUUCUAAAUAAAUGCGAUUUAUAAUCCAGUGCGAUUUACAUGUUUUAUCCUUGUCAUGACGUAUUUUUGGACUGAUGCAACUUAUACUUAGGUGCGACUUAUAGUCCGAAAAAUAUGGUGGUUGGAUGAGUUAAUAAAUUACAUUUGAGAAAUCACCUUAAUUAUGUCUGAAUGGGGGGUGGGGGGGCUUUUGAGGUAGUGCGCAGGGGCACCACACUGUCUUAAUACGGCCCUGCAUUCUAGCUGUUUUUAACAUUAGACCAGGAUUUUUUACUUUAAAAUUAGGAUACACACGUUUCCUUCUAAACAAUCAUCUCUGAGCCACAGGAAAAAUGUUGUUUGGUUUGAUUUAUUUUAUUAUAUUUAGCUAUUCACACUUAAUUUACUUUUCUAAUUACUUUAACCGGUCUUUUAUUUUUGUCAAUCUUAACUUCUAGCAUGCUUUAUCAGUUAAAACAUGUAUGCGUAUACAAAUAUCUAACUGGAUUGAAAGAGGUAAAAUCAAGACAGGAUUUUAUUAACAUAAGACUUGUUAUCAGUUCAAAUAGACGUACAAUGUAUAAACUUUUACAACAUUACACAAAACAUAUUACAUAUUUGGUCUCACGUCUGGGGUCGUGUGAUUGCUGAUGCCACCAUCAGUGUACUGUAUUUCAAAAGGUUGUGAAACAUCUAAACCUGUUUCUAAGAUCUCAACUCAUUUGCAACUUAAUUAGUUGUGAGGGAUCUGGCAUUGUGUACUUUGGUGGUGUGUGUCAGCUAAAGUUUGGUGAUCAAAACAGAUCAUGUUCAGUGAUUAAAGGAUCUCCAUUGCAUCUAUUUAUGGCGUUUACCUGUGAGUGUGAACUUUGUCAAAGUUUAGCCAAAAGUUCAGCGACCGGUCAAAGGAUGUGUGCCCUACUGAACCUUUUUUAACGACAAACAUCUGGAGAAUUUACAUAGGGGCAUAAAUAUCUGGUGCAUUGUUAGGUGAAGUUCUUGAAGAUAAUAUUUGUCUGAGAGAAACCAGGACGCUUUAUUAAUAAUGUAGAUCUGGUGAAUGUGAUUUCACAGAUGUUCAGGAUGAGAUCAGAGAGAUCAGGUCGAGGGUGAUUGUUUUUAACAAGGCGCUCAAUGCUGUAGAAAGAUGUGGUUUAAUUUUUAUUCAUUUAGUUUAUUUAAGUUACAUUUAUUAUUUUUAUUCACACCUAUAUUUUUCAAGCCUCAACACAAACAUACACUGAAAAUGCAAACAAGUACACAAUCACAAACAUACAAUCACAAACGUAAACAUACAUGCAAACAAAGGCAAACAUAUUGUACAAAUAAAAAAAAAACAGUACAAACAAACAUAAACAACAAACACAAAGAUACAAACACAAACAUAAUAUACAAACAGAUACAAUUGUAAACAACAAACACACACAAACAAACAUAACCAAAGAAAAGAUAAACAUACAUGCAAACAAAGGCAAACAUACCGCAUACAUACUGUACAAACAAACACAAACAACAAACAUACAAACACAAACAUACUGCACAAACAGACAUAAACAACAAACAAAAACAUACUGUACAAACAGACAUAAACAACAAACACAAACAUACUGUACAAACAAACAAACAACAAACAUACUGCACAAACAGACAUAAACAACAAACACAAACAUACUGUACAAACAGACAUAAACAACAAACAAAAACAUACUGUACAAACAGACAUAAACAACAAACACAAACAUACUGUACAAACAGACAUAAACAACAAACAAAAACAAACUGUACAAACAGAAAUAAACAACAAACACAAACAAACUGCACAAACAGACAUAAACAACAAACACAAACAUACAAAAGCAAACAUAAAAACAGAUUUAAUUGAUAUAUUUCAACUGCAUUAACUGCUCUAAAAUAUGAGACACAAAUGCUUCAGGAGUUUAGGACACAUGCUUAUCCGAUAACUGUUUUAUUUUCUAUUUGGGUGAUGUUUAUGAUAUUGUGAUAUUUAUUUAGUUUAAGUUUAACUGUUUUACCAGAGUUUCCUGUCUUGAUUUCAAAAACAGUAUCAUAGAUAUUAAACUGUCUUUUUGUGGUUUUAAAUGUGUAAUUAAUCUCAAAGCAAGUCUGAUUUUGUGGUGGUUGUGCUUUAAAAUGAAAUUAUUACAACAAAUUGAUGAAGGAUGUUUAAAGUCUGACAGUCAUUAGUUGUUGAAUCCUACUGUAAUGUUAACAUAAAAAGUGAUUAAAAAAAUGUAAUCAGGUACAUUACUUUUUUAAAGUAAUUGAAAUUGUUACACAACUUUUUAGGUUUUAAAAAGGGUAACAUGUAAUCUAUAACCGGUAACACUUUAGAAUAAGGUUCCAUUAGUUAAUGUUAGUUAAUGUAUUAAAUAACAUGAACAAACAAUGAAUAAUACAUUUAUUAGUGUAUUUAUUCAUCUUCGUUAAUGUUAGUUAAUGAAAAUAAAGUUAUUCAUUGUUAGUUCAUGGUAAUUCACAGUGCAUUAACUAAUGUUAACAAGCACAACUUUUGAUUUAAAUAAUGCAUUAGUAAAUGUUGAAAUUAACAUGAACUAAGACUUAUAAAUGCUGUAGAAGGAUUGUUCUUGCUUAGUUCAUGUUAACGAAAGUAGUUAACUAACAUUAACUAAUGGAACCUUAUUCUAAAGUGUUACCCUAUAACCUAUUACAUUUCCAUAGUAAACUUCCUAAAAACUGUGUGUAAAAUAAUUCCAUCAGGGUCUCAGCUAAAUGUUAAAACAAACUUAAGUAAGUUGUUGGCAGUGUCUGUGAAAGCUGCACGGGUGCUUGAGAAUGUUUGGAAGGAAAAUGUUUUAGCUUAAAGAUGUGAUUUUACUACAAACUAUAAGCAUUCUAACUAAGAAACAUAACACUAUGGGUGUUUUUAUAUUUCCAACAAAACCGGUUGUUCGACAUUUAAAAAGUCAUAAUGUUUAUUGUGUUUUGAAAAGAAAGUAAGAUAUGGUAUAUAAAUUAAGUCUUUUUUUAUUGAUUAACAUGGUAGAACCACAAUGCAUUUAUGAGGUUGUGUAUUUAAUCUGCUUCAUGUACUCUCUGGUUACUGUAUAUUCAAGAGAAAUGCAUAAACAAAAUUGUUUUAAUCAA